AUGACGGCUGGAAUCACCAGCCUCUUCCCCUUUCGCUACUCGCCGAUACUCCGCCAACUGACCCUCAGAGCAGCAAUUCGCAUUGCUCAUGUCCACACCUCUGCCUCAAAUCCGGAUCUAGAUCCGCACACAGAUUCAAUGUUGGCCAGAGCGAAGAAGGCCUACGAGGACAGCGCUCCGCCGCCGCAGAAGAACGACUUGGCCAAACAACUCUUCCCCUCGAGCAGCCCCAGCGCCACUCAGAAUGGGAAUAUCAUAGACCAAUUCAAAAAGACAACCCCGACGACCGCGGUGCCCCACGCGACGACGAACUCAACAAGGCCUCCGCCGGGGAGGACUGCUAGUGUAACGCACUUCGUAGGCAGCAAUCGAUCUGCCCUGGACUCCAUAUCCGCCCCUAAUGGCAAAUCAUUCGCCUCCCUCUAUGCCAAGUCUGACUCUUUUCGAGACGAGCCGGAUACUCUGUCUAGCCAAAGUGUGCAGGCCAACUCGAAACCCGCCGUCUUUUUCGCUGAAGAUGACUUCAGCGACGAUGACCAGCUAGACCUGGACUUCGAAGCCCCGUCCGCUUUGCCUUCACUCCCCAAGCCCCCUGUUGUGGCGAAGAAGAUCAACCCGCAGCAGCCCGAGGAACCUUCGACACAAGUUUUACCAUGGUCCUCCUCUCCCGCGUCACAUUUUGUCCACCCUCAGCUAUCCCGCACGACUUCUGCCCAGAGCUCGCUCAAGCGUGAGUCUCCAGAACACGUCGAGUCUCUAGUGGCCCCGCAGCCCAAGAAACGCAAGCUCCCACCAAGUUUCAAAAAACAGGACUGCACUCCAGUGCCACAAGACGAGCCGGAGGUUUCGAGUUGGGCGGCCGGUGGUGUCACACCUGCUCCUAAGAAAAAGAAAGAGACCUGGAACAUGACUGCCAGUGCCCUAAAGGAGCAGAAGAAGCGGUUGAAGACCCAAUCCAAGAAAGCCGCCGCCGGCGAGGACGGAUGGAACAUGGACGAGAUCCGAGCCGAGGUGACGAAGAGCAACCUGCCCAAGCCCAAGGCGUCUGUGAUUGCUCUCACUCAAGAGCAAAAGCACGUUCAGAGCCUCGUUGUCAACAAUGGUCAGAGUGUCUUCUUCACAGGCCCGGCAGGAACUGGAAAGUCGGUCCUGAUGAGGUCAAUCAUUGCAGAGCUCAAAAAGAAAUGGGCGAGAGAUCCGGAAAGGCUAGCCGUCACAGCGUCAACAGGCCUCGCAGCUUGCAAUAUCGGAGGCCAGACGUUACAUAGCUUCUCUGGAAUUGGCCUCGGGAAGGAAGACGUCCAGUCAUUGGUCAAGAAGAUACGGCGAAACCCCAAGGCCAAGAACCGCUGGCUUCGUACCAAGACGCUGGUCAUUGAUGAGGUCUCGAUGGUGGACGGCGAUCUUUUCGACAAGCUUUCACAAAUCGGCAGAACCAUCAGAAAUAACGGCAAGCCCUGGGGCGGCAUCCAACUCGUGAUUACGGGUGAUUUCUUCCAGCUGCCCCCGGUCCCUGAUGGCGAUAAAAGCAGAGAAUCCAAAUUCGCCUUUGAGGCGGCGACUUGGAACACUACGAUUGACCACACGAUUGGCUUAACGCAGGUGUUCCGUCAAAGGGACCCAGUCUUUGCCAACAUGCUCAACGAAAUGCGUCUUGGCAGGAUUAGCGACGAGACUGUGCAAGCUUUCAAGAAGCUGACGAGGCCAAUUCCCGCCGAGGAUGGACUGGAAGUCACCGAGCUGUUCCCUACGCGAUAUGAGGUGGAGAAUGCCAACCAAGGUCGACUGCGCAACCUGCCCGGGGCACCCAAACGGUACGACGCAGGCGAUUCCGGAGAUCCUCAAAUACGCGACAAGUUGCUUCAGAAUAUGAUGGCACCCAAAAUGAUUGAGCUCAAGGUUGGCGCCCAGGUCAUGCUUAUCAAAAACAUGGACGACACACUUGUCAACGGUUCGCUCGGCAAAGUGACUCACUUCAUGAGCGAGGGAAGCUUUGAAAACUGGGACCCGGCGAACAUGAGGGCCGACACUGUUGAGGAUGUAGACGAGGAUGGAGAAGCAAAGGCCAGGCGCAAAAUCAAAGCUUUUAGCAGAGAAGUGGAGGAAGCAACCAGGGGCACAACCCAGUAUCCUGUCGUGGAGUUCUCGGCGGUGGAUGGAUCUACCCGGACCAUCCUCUGCGUUCCAGAAGAUUGGAAGGUUGAAUUGCCUAAUGGCGAGGUGCAGGCUAACCGAAGCCAGCUGCCUCUGAUCCUUGCAUGGGCACUGUCGAUUCACAAAGCCCAAGGCCAGACAUUGGAACGGGUCAAGGUUGAUCUCGGCAAGGUGUUUGAAAAAGGCCAGGCCUAUGUCGCGCUCAGUCGAGCGACCAGCCAAGAAGGCCUGCAGGUCCUCCGUUUCCAGAAGGACAAGGUGAUGGCUCACCCUCGGGUCGUAGGGUUCUACAACAAGCUCUACAGUGCCGACAUAGCCAUUGCGAAAAAGCCGCCACCAAGCAUGGCUGAUUUUCUGCACAAGGAGAAAGACGCGAAGCCCGUCAAGAGUACGUCUGGAAUGAGCGCGCGGUCUCAAUCAUUUGUGAGGAAAGGUAUCGAGGUGAUUGAUUUGGACGAUGAGGAGGAGGCAAUGGCGAGCUACGGUGGUUUUUGA